CUCCCUGAGUGUAUAAUUCUCCGCUUGACUGUGUUGCGUGUGAGGUAGGUGAGGUAGGUGUCGGUUGGAGUUCUGUUUCUCGUAGCUGGCUAUGGCGGAUGUUAACGAGAAAGAAACCAUGAAGAACUAUCACAUAGCGUCGGAGAAAAUCAACCCAGAGGCCAGUCGUUACCCUCACUGUAUCGUCUGGACGCCCAUACCCGUGUUGUCAUGGUUAUUUCCAAUUAUUGGACACAUGGGCAUCUGCACUUCCACUGGGAUCAUUCGAGACUUUGCUGGACCCUAUUUUGUUUCAGAGGACAACAUGGCUUUUGGGAGACCCACAAAGUACUGGAUGCUUGACAUUAGCAAAGUCUAUGCAAGUGGCUCUAAUGCCUGGGAUAGAGCCGUGCAUGACGCUUCAGAGGAGUACAAACACAGGAUGCACAACCUAUGUUGCGACAACUGCCACUCGCACGUUGCUAUGGCUCUAAAUCUGAUGCAGUAUGAAAACAGCACUUCAUGGAACAUGAUCAAGCUUUGCCUACUCGUGUUUAUCCACGGGAAACAUGUCAGCUGCGCAGGCUUCCUGAAGUCAUGGCUGCCCUUCCUCAUGCUGCUGGGCGUCAUUGUGACGGUGGUCCUCGCCAUCAACCUCCGGUGACCUGGGACGCUCCCUCAGACGUGGGAAAACAAUGCGGGUGCGAUGCCUUGCCUACGAGACUUUUAAACCUGUAAAAGCCAGGAUGUCCAAAACGUUUGUCAGUUAACACCUCUCGAUUUAGAGCAGGAGUGGGCAGGCUUUUGGGCUCUUUUAUAAAAGUGACAGAUGUGCCAGGCAUAAAGUCUAAAAUAUACUUGAAAUGUAUGAAUCAUUUUAAAAAGGGAGGCCAAAAUGCACUUUAGUGUAUGGUUGGACAGAUUAGAAAAGUCACUUUUUAAUUUGUAAAUGCCUGUUUUCUAUUUUGUGAUACUUAACAUGUGAAAUCUAGUGGAACUAAAAAGAUGGCGUUCAUUACGGGAAGGUGGAAAUAACAAAAAUAGUUACACCAUCGGACCAAACUAAACUGCAAAAUGGGCCGUACUCUACCCCAGGGCUGGGCGAUAUGGCUGAAAAAUAUCACGACAUAAGCGCUUUAUAUCGUUCGAUAUCGAUAAUUAUUGAUCAUUUUUAUGACGUACUAAAAAUAAUGACCAAGAUAAAAAUAUAUUAAAUGUAAACAUUUGUAUUUAACCUGUAACCUUCCUUGGAUUACAAUCCCCUCAUCUAUCAAGGCAGAAAGGAAAGGAAAUGUCAACACAACCAUGAAAAACAAUCAAUGUGAACCAAAUUCUAAAAUCACAUUGAACACUUAACAAUAACCUUUAAAAUGAAAGAAUAUGUAAGAAAUGCUUAAUAAAGUGUAACAAAAUAGUGCAAAGUGUGAAAUUGCAAACAUAGAGAAACCUGAGAAGAACAAUGUUUUGCAGUUUUAAUGCCAGGAAGUAACGGCCGUGUUCAGGUAAGCGCUGCUAAGGCGGUCCACAUUGAUCUGACUAUGGUCCGUUUUUUUAAAAAUCCAAAAAAACUGCCAUACUGUCGAUGUGACUUUUCCUGUUCUAUUGACAACUUCUUUGCUCUCUGCAGCACUCAUUUUCAUUUUCUCUUCUCACUUCAUGGAUAGAAUCAACCGUGAAACAACAAGAUGGCGCAACCAAACCUGAUAGUUGAUACUGUUACUUGAUUGGCUGUUAUUGUGUCACUCCUACAGAUCACUUCCUGCGUUGCUCGGUUACCAUAGCGAGUGACGUCAUGAAGCCAACUUUGCUUUGCAACUUCCAAUUUCUUCCACUAUGGAAGGGAAAAAAAAUAUCGAACAUGUUAUCGAACGCAUUUUUUAUUGAUAUAAAUUACGUGUCUAUCACGAUAUAUAUUGAUAUCAUUUUAUCGCCCAGCCCUAGUCUGCACUUCCUGAUUUUACACAUCACCACCACUGCCAGCACCACAAAACACAAUGAAAGUACCAUCUUUGAGAAAUACAUUUAUGCCUUCACUCACAAACUAACUUCCUGUUUGCUCGUUUUUCUACCAGGGAAAUCUAAAAAAAACAAAAACAUGCCUAACGCAUUUGAAGCUGUCGGUGUGCCUCUGCAGGACUACAUGCGACGCUGUUUGUGAGCAUUUUCUUACUGUAUCACUCUGUCAUCAUCGUGCCUGACGCGUGUCCACAGGGUGAAUGUCUUCUUGCCUUUUAACUGCAGGUCAGUGCAAUGAUUGUGUCACAUAGAAGCAGACACAAUUAGUGAAUGUGCCAAAUGUAUGGGCGAGGAAUGAAAUGUACUGUAAUUCCUCCUUAGAUGCACUUUUACUAUAAUUUUUCCGUUCAAACGUCAGCUUUACAGAUGCCACGUCUGCUGUUGUGCUAAUGACGUCUAGUAUGACUAAUGGGCACAUCAGUAGUUACCUCCGCCAGGAGGUUAUGUAAGCGUUGCUGUUUAGUCAGUAAAAUAACUCCAUUUUUGGCGGAUAUUCUUAAAACUUUCAGGAAAUAAGGAACAACUGAGUAGAUGUGAGGCCUGAUCCGUAUAAUUCUUCUGCGUUACUUUACGUUGUUGCUGCUCUGUGUGUGGGUUUUUGACAGACAAGAGCGUUCACUCCCGUUUAUUUCAAUCUGCUAUAGAUAACUCAAAAAGUUAUGGGUGAAUUUUCAUGAAACUUUCAGGAAAAACAGAUUUUGGGCUUGAACUGUAUAAUUUCUACUACACUACUUACAACAGCGUUUACUCCGUUUAUUUUAUUCCGCUAUAGAUAACGCAAAAAGUUAUGGCGGAUUUUCAUUUAACUUUCAAGAAAUGGGAUAAGGAACAAGUGAUGACAUUUUUGCGUUGAUCCGGAUCAUUUACACAUUACCUUACGUUUACGUUACAAGCUUCCAACUACUGUGUAUGCUAGCAGCCACGCCACAGACAGUUGAUUACUGACAAGAGGCUUCACUCUGUUUCUUUCAUUCCGCUACAAAAAGCUAAUAAAAAGUUAUGAGCAUAUUUUCAUCUACCUUUAAGGAAAUGUAAAAAGGAACAAGUUUUGGGGCUCAUCUGUACCACCGUCUGGAUUUAGGACUUUUUUUUUUUUUUUUUUUUUACAAUUGGGAGGUCUGCGUGCUUUUCUUAUGUUAUUGUGACUACAAGUAAUGUAAAAUGAGGCGUUUAUUUCCAAAAGGACCUGGCGUAUUUGUAUAGAGGCCGCUAUGAGAAGAAAUACAAACUAAUGAGAGUACUUUUUUUUUUGCAAUGACAGCACUCACAAGCUAAAUUCCACUCGAAGGCGGCUUGCUCCCAACAUCAGUUGCUAUGGCUGUCACACACAUCGCAAAUCCUCUCAUUGUUAACGAUCAAACAGAAAAGGUUUUUAAGCAGCAGGUAGCUGGGAUGGCUCUGGUUUUCAGGCUUGUCGCACCCCCCGCGCCGUUGAAUAACCUUCCUCCACACACACCAGACUAGUGUCACUCCUGCUGAUUUCCACCUCUGCAGCAGAGACCUCAAAGUCAGCAUGCAAACAUGAGUGCUGUGAUGCGAUGCUGCAAUAAUAAUCCAGGGCCAAGGCUAAAAUUGACCCAAAUUAAAUCACGUUAUUUUUCUCACCCAAUUCAGUACGUGUCCAUGCAUUAAAUUAGUUCAAUUUGGGCUCUAAAUAAGCCUCCUACAACCCAUGGAACCACCUUAAUCCGAUUGUGUUCGGUUUUGGAAAAGUCGGACUAACACACCUGGAUUAUGCAAUUGAAAACCAGGGGCCGUAUUUAUCAAGCGUCUUAGAGUGCCAUUUUACACUUAAGUCCUGAGAAUUUACGAAAUUUAGUCCUACUCUCAAACUUAAGAAUAAAAGCUAUUUAUCAACUUUCUUAAGUCUAAGAAUCACUCCUACUCUCCACGAUAUUUAAGAGACCUUCAGAGGUGUCUUAAGUGGUUAGGAGUUGCCAGCAGGGGAUGGCACUGAGGCAAGAGAGACGUGCGCGAACGUUCAGGGAGCGGAAGGAUGUCCUGGCUUUGUUUGAUGAUGAGCAGCUGAUCAAACGGUAUCGUUUAGACAGAGCGGGUAUUAUUUUUGUCACAGAUUUAAUAAUUUUCGAUUCCAUGUUGAUUUCUGCAUGUGGCUGCAGUGGGCUAGUAUAUAUAGAGCCACCCACACCAGUUUCAAAUCAGUUGCCUAAUUAAUGAAUUGGAAAGAAAAUGUUAUGAGAGUAGCGUAUGUGUGUGUGUGGCCCUUUAACAGGUGACAGCAUGUGAGGUGAGUGACGUCAGUGAGUGUGUGGGCGAGAGAAGAAAGGGAGCGGUAGCAUGAGUGCGGGCGGGGACUAGUUUGUUUUGUAUUAUUUUGUAGUUUAGUGUCAAAAUAUACACUCCCAUUGUCCACUUAAAUAUUUCUAAGAUAUUUCUUUAUUCUUAGACAAGGGAUUCCCUUCCGUGAUUGGUCAUUUCUAUGGACACAGAAAUUAUGUCACCUAAAAUUCCGUUUACGGCACAUAGUAAUGUUGUAAUUCAGCUCUGAGUGUGACACUUAAGAUUCAGUCCUACACUUCGCUGAAAGUGUGAGUAAGACGCUUGAUAACUAACUUUUAAGUGCAGCUUUCAGCGAAGAAUUAAUUUACUCUUAAGUCAACUCUUAGCAGACUUCUUAGGAGUAAUUCUAAGAAGCUUGAUAAAUACGGCCCCAGAUCUCUCGAGUGGGUGUGCCCCACCGGAGGGGACCCUUCGUAUCGCGCAUGCGCUAGUCUCAAAACACAGCAUAUUACCCGGAAGGAGGUACCAUUCAAUUUAAAUAUAAGCAACAAUUGCAAUGAAGAGGAGACUUGUUUAUUUGCUUUACAACUAAAUAAAAAAAACCUGACUAUUUUGAAAUGCAUUGAUGGAAGAAAAAGAGAAACUGAUUUAAGAAAGUAGCUAAGGAAAUGUAGAAUGCCGGCUUAUUUCGGACUCCCGAACGUAAUACGAAUGAAAUGAAAGAGAAUGAAGCAGGUAUAUUAAAAGCGACUGAUAAAGCGUACACUAACCUCUUCACAAAACGGAUUAGCAAUAACUUUGUAUUCCACACAACAGGCAAAAUAGUCCAGAAAAAAAGCAACCUUCAUCUGGAACAGUAUCGACAAAGGUUUUUUCCUUCAAAUAUUAAACUCCCGUCAAACUACAGAGCUUUAUGAGUGAACCCAGAGACAUUGGAUAGUUUUGUUUUCAUGAUUCUCCGUCUGAGAAUUCCUUCGAAAAAAAAAUUAUUUCCUGCCAGUCAUCUGGUCCAAAAACCUUCUUGGUAGUAGCGCAAUAUAAAAUAAUAUUUUGAUGCUGUCUGCUAUUCACAUUAGCAUAGCCAUUAGAGAUGUAAUAUUGCUAGUCCAUGCCAAUAUUACAGCGGACAUCAGGUACAACGGCGCUAAACUGAGCCGCAGUUGCCUUGUGUGAUGUAAUAGGUCCACCGGAAAACCAAUACAUUUAUCUGCACUAAAAAUUAAACAAGUGCCCCCCACUGUACGGAAGACACCAUGUAUGACCAAUAGUUGCAUUAGAGUGUGUGCAUGGACACUGGGACUUCACACGCAGGUCAAAAUACAAAAAAAUGAUCUAUUAGAGAAAUCAGACUAAUUUAGUGCAUGGAAACGUAGUAUGUCCGAUAAGGCAUUAAGUGACCUCCAGCUCUGCCUCAAUUCAUAAAGCAGGAACUAUUUUGUGAGCCUUUUAUUCAAUUUUGUCCAGGGGGGUUCUAUAUGGAUGCCCAAACCGCAAAUAUAGUUACAGCUAGUCUUUUUUUUAUUUUUAUAAACUAGCUACAUUUUCACAACCAAAUAUAAAAUAUGGGGUUUUACUUUGUUAAAUGUAUGGAGACAAUGCACUAAAACAUAAAAAUGUGUUUAGGAAACUAACUUGUAUUCAUUUAGCUUCUAACAUGCAUGCAAAAUCGAGCGUAAACUCGUAAAAUGUGCGCACGGGUCCUUUUUAAUUACGUAGCAAUACUGGUGGAAAUCAUUUUGAGAGGUUCUUAGAAGCUGCCCGCUGCUGUGCCUUGUAACCAGGAGCCUGGUCGUGGAAUGCGGAGACCUGUGGUCCGCUGACAAAAGACAGUGGGGACGCCAUUAUGAGUGCCACUAUCAAUAUAUACUUAGGUCUAGUCUGGAGAGUUCUAAACUCUUUUAUAGUCUAAUCCGGAGAACAUGUCACAUGCUGCACACCGUAGCUCCAUGCGGAGGUACUCUGUGAUUAAGAAUGUAUUUAUGAACACGUGUAUAUAUAUACAUAUAUAUAUAUAUACCAAUAAAGAUGUCUA